UUUCCCAAAAAAACUUCGAUAUAUUGUUGUCAUUUAUGUUUAUCAUCAUCAUUCUCAGGUUAAAUAAAUUGUUUUGUUGAUUAUCUUUCUCAAUACGUGAUUGUCAUCAUUAACACUCAUCUGACUAUAAUGAGUGUAAAUCCAUUUAUGCCUUCUACACAUGGCCAUCCAAAUUUUAAUCCAUCCAAAAGUGUUUCAACAAAAAAUUAUUCAAUUGAAAUGCCACGAGCAACGAAACAACCAAAACCACCAGAUAAACCAUUGAUACCUUAUAUGCGUUAUAGUAAAAAAGUAUGGGAUGAUGUUAAAGCCCAAUAUUCAGAUCUGAAAGUAUGGGAAAUUAGUAAAAUUGUUGGACAAAUGUGGCGUGAUCUUGACGAAAAUGAAAAACAAAAGUAUAUUGAGGAAUUUGAAGUGGAAAAACUCGAAUAUAAUGAAUUAUUAAAACAAUAUCAUUCAUCUCCUGCCUAUCAAUCAUGGAUUGCAUCGCUAAAAACCAAAGAAAACGAAGAACGUGAAGGUGUCAUGAUGAAUAAGAAACGAGAUAAACGAUCACAUAAUCAGAUGCACAAUUCACCGCAACGAUCGGAUGGACGUUUUAGUUUGCAACCGCUAGAAAGUAGUGAUGAGAAUGAUGAAUAUUUUUCCGCUAAACAUCUGGCAGCUGCACGUUAUUAUCGUAAUAAUAAACUCGUCAAUGAUAUAUUCACCGAAACAGUCGUUCCGGAAAGUCGUCAUGCAUUCGAUGUUAAAGUACAGGUAUUACGGCGUCAAGUGGAUUCUUUAACUGUUUAUCAGAAAAAAAUGGUAGAUGAAUUGCAACAAAUUGAAGAAAGAUUUCAACAAAAAAAACAUUCAUUACUAGAAUCAAGUGAAAGAUUUCAAAAUGAAAUGAACAAACGUUUUGCACAGAAUGAUUUGGAUACCACAUUAAAAGAUCAUUAUCGUCGUACAUUAAUCAAAACAAUGGAAAUGAUGAAAGGCGAACAACAACAACAAGAUAAUAAUACAAAUGUCAUCAAACCGAACGAAACUCAACAACAAAAUUUAUCAUCAUCAUCAACAACAACUAAUCAUGAAUCAUCUCCUAAUGAUGAUAAAAUCAUCAUAAAUGGUGAUGAAAAAACCAAUGGAAAUUCGUCGAAUCAUUCGAAUGAUAAUAAUUGA